AUGUUCAAGGCGAUCAUCAUCGGCGCUGGCCUCGGAGGCCUCGCCUGCGCCAUCGCGUUUCGUCGCUAUGGCCUGGAAGUCAUCGUCCUGGAGCAAGCCUCCAGGAUUACCGAGGUCAAGGAAUACGCCUGCCUCCUGGACUACCUCGAUCUGAUGAGAUACGAGGAUGGGUCUCAUAUUCUACGAAGGUCGGCCCAAGACAUCGAACAGAGAUACGGAGCGCCUUGGAUGGUCAUACAUCGCGCAGAUUACCAUCGGGCAUUACUAGACGCCGCUACAACUUCCGGCGCGGAAGUCCGUCUCGGCGCCUCGGUGAAGAAGAUCGACUUCGAGAAGACGUCGGUGGAAGUUGAUGGCGGCCAGAUCAUGUCGGCCAACGUCGUCGUGGGUGCUGAUGGAGGUUCCGAGUUCAACCUGGUCCUUAUUCGACCCGACAACCUUCCUCCAGGCACAAACAAGGUCCAGGGUGAAAUCGGCGAGAUGCGGGAGACCUUCCAAGGAUGGGACAGCAGUCUUACCAAGAUCAUCUCCCGCAUCCCCUCCGUGCUCAAAUGGAAGCUUUGCUUUCAUGAUGAACUGGAUACAUGGUAUAAGAUCCAGGGUAACGUCACACUCCUCGGCGACGCUUGCCACCCCACUCUACCCUACCAAGCUCAAGGGGCGGCAAUGGCCAUCGAAGAUGGAGCUGUGCUUGGGCACCUUCUUGGCUCCCUGUUCGAAGACUACAAGCAGUCGCCUGAGUUGGCACACGGACAGGUGAGCUCGCUGUUGCAGGUGUACGAGAAGCUGCGAAAGCUGCGUACGACGACCAACGUCAAGGGUGCCGUGGCCAACCGGUACAUGUUUCAUCUCGAGGAUGGAGACGAGCAGAGGAGGCGAGAUGCUGAGCUGAAGUCUCAUGAAUGGGUCCAUCCAUCGCGCUGGAGGUGGGCGGAUGGUACGGCUCAAGAUGAGUUGCUUGGGCACGAUGUGAUCGCGGAGAGCGAAAGGGAGUACAACGCAUGGAAGUCUGGCAAUGCCGCAGAUCCCUUGCAGCUACAUUUAAGCACAGUUUCGCUGAACACAAGCCCCAAGUACGAAGCCAUCUCAUACUGCUGGGGCGAUGCGAGUCUUAGGGAUGUCGCUCUUUGUGAUGAGUACGACGUGAGCAUCACGACAAGCCUCUACGAGGCCCUCAGCGAACUACGGUAUGUGGCUGAGCCGCGAACUGUCUGGGCCGACGCGUUGUGCAUUGAUCAAACAAACGUCGACGAUAAAACCCAGCAAGUGCAACUGUUCCAUCGAGUAUAUUCCCAGGCGACGCGGACACUGAUCUGGCUCGGCCCAGACGAGCCAGACACAGCAAAGUCCCUUCGUGAUGCUGGGAAGCUCAUCCAGGAGGGGCUGGCCUUCGCGAGAUCCUGUACCCUGUGUUCGGAUUCUCAGGCUUCGGGAAACGUGGUAACGCCACGCCUGGGAGACAGCCCGCCGAGUCUUCUUGACUACGAUUGGAGCUUUUUGAAGACUAUCUUCAGCCGUCCCUGGUUCGGACGCAAAUGGGUCGUGCAGGAGGUGGCUCUUGCCAAAGAAGUUGUGGUUGCUGUUAGGGGCAGCAUUCGGUUCCCGUGGCGAGAUCUGGCCAUGCUCUCCGACGUGCUCUUAGGCUUGGACGCCAGUUCGGCUCUGGUUCGGAACCUUGGACCAGCUGAUGGCGAAACAUCACCCGAGUCGCUUGGCAUUGGUACAACCUGGGGCGGAGCGAUGUACAACGCCAACAUGAUCAUGACGAUUCAGAAUCAUCGUGCGAAAAGUACACUGCUGGAUACUGUUGUCGCUACGAUGGGGUUUCAGUGCACUGACCCACAUGAUUGCAUUUACGGAAUCUCAAGCUUGCCUGGUCAGGGUCCUAUGAUCAGUGCCGACUACACAAUAUCUAUACGAGAGACCUUCAGGCGAUUCGCAGAGCUCUGUCUUGUGGAGGGCAAAAGUCUGAAAGUACUUGGGCUCGCUCCCGACAAGCUCAUGUUCCCGGUACAAAGAGACAUCGAGAGACUGCCUGAGUUGCCAUCAUGGGUACCCGACCUGCGUCUGAUCGGUCAAAUGCCUUCCUUGGUUAGCUUUGGUACCGAUUCAUUCAGCGAGCAGAGAUUCCAUGCCGGUGGUCACGAUGUCCUGCCUACACUAUCAGUAUCAGACAACCUCCUUCAGUGUCGGGGCAUCAUCAUCGACAGCGUCGGUCCUUUGAUUGAGAAAUCACUGGUUGAAAGAGUAGGAAACUCCUUUUCUGAAGUCCGAGAAACCAUGAUGCAAUCGAUGCCUAUCCGCGACAACUUUACGAGGAUGAAGGAGACGGUCCUGGGCGAGUGGCUCCAAGCGUGCUGUCUCUGCGCCCUUCACGGGGCUACCUCUUCAAGUCUCUGGCCGGAUUCAAUGAGAUUACCCAGGAGGGUGAACGAAGCGCAGAAUGAGUGGGAUGUGAAAUCAUUGGUCCAGCUCCGACCCAGUCCGGAGCUGCUUUCCGCCCUAUCUCGCACAAUGAUGUGUGACUGGGGAGACAAGGAGAGCCAACCAACUCUGGAGGCUGAGGAGCUCAAGUUGGUCCGUGACCUGUUGACUUACGUUUUCGACUCCUAUCAAGAUCAUUCGGUCGAGCUGCCUCAGAGCCUGACUGGUGAGGAUUCUGCGUUCAACACGUCCAUGGCCAAAUGGUCGACGGUGCGCAGGUUCUGCUUCACGAGCAAUGGGCGACUUGGCCAGCUUGCGCCAGGGUCGGAACCCGGCGACCGCAUCUGCGUUCUGGGCGGCGGAGAGGUUCCUUUUGUAAUAAGACCGAUUGGUGGAGACGGCAAGGGCAUGUAUCAACUCGUUGGGGAAUGCUAUCUGGAUGGUAUGAUGGAUGGGGAGGCCUGGAAGCUGAGUGACCAUGUCGUGGAGAAUAUCAGCCUUGUGUAG